AUGCCAGGACGGCCCUCUUCAUCCCCCUCGGUCCACUACGAUCAUCCAGAAGAGAAGGAGGCCGCAGGUCCUCGGGCAGUGCCCGAACAGUUAGCUCGGAAUGUCAACACUGGAGAACUAGCAGCAAUUAAGGUUAUCAAACUGGAACCAGGAGAAGACUUUGCGGUGGUGCAGCAGGAGAUUAUAAUGAUGAAGGACUGCAAACACACAAACAUCGUGGCAUACUUUGGCAGCUACCUGAGGCGAGAUAAGCUUUGGAUUUGCAUGGAGUUCUGUGGAGGAGGCUCUUUACAAGAUAUAUACCAUGUAACUGGACCCCUCUCUGAACAACAGAUUGCCUAUGUUUCUCGGGAAACACUGCAGGGUUUGUAUUAUCUUCACAGUAAAGGAAAAAUGCACAGGGACAUAAAGGGAGCGAAUAUUCUUCUGACUGAUAAUGGUCACGUAAAGCUAGCUGAUUUUGGAGUAUCGGCUCAGAUUACAGCCACCAUAGCUAAACGGAAAUCUUUUAUUGGAACACCUUACUGGAUGGCUCCUGAAGUUGCUGCUGUGGAAAGAAAAGGGGGUUAUAACCAGUUAUGUGAUAUUUGGGCUGUUGGUAUUACAUCCAUAGAGCUUGCAGAACUUCAACCUCCAAUGUUUGAUUUGCAUCCAAUGAGGGCCUUAUUUUUAAUGACAAAAAGUAACUUUCAACCACCAAAGUUAAAAGACAAGAUGAAAUGGUCAAAUAGUUUCCAUCAUUUUGUCAAAAUGGCACUCACAAAAAAUCCAAAGAAAAGGCCAACUGCUGAAAAACUAUUACAGCAUCCUUUCGUUACACUGCCAUUAAAUCGCGCACUUGCUAUUGAAUUGUUGGAUAAAGUGAAUAAUCCAGACCAUUCUAGUUACCAUGAUUUUGAUGACGAUGACCCAGAGUUUAAGUUUUGGGGGAUCUUUUCUCCUGCAUCUCCUCCUGUGCGUCGGGCCCCCCGCUUUGCAGCCCGUCCCAAGCCUGCUGUUGUCGUUCCUCACAGAAUUCACUCAACCAGUAGGAGUGUGAGAGAAGAAAGGACACGGUCAGAAAUUAACUUUGGACAGGUAAAAUUUGACCCACCGAUGAGAAAAGAAACGGAGCCACAUCACGAGUUGCUCAACAGGGAAGAUUUUUUCGACAGUACAGAAGAAAUAUACUACACUGCAAGAUCUAAUCUGGAUCUACAGUUAGACUACGGCCAAGGUCCACAGAGUGACUAUUUUCUUGGGGGAAACAAGAGUCUCCUUAAAUCUGUAGAAGAGGAGCUGCACCAACGGGGACAUGUGGCACAUUUAGAAGAUGAUGAUGAUGAUGAUGGGGAUGAUGAUGAAUCUAAAAAUGCUACCAUAAAGCCCAAGGUGCCACCACCUUUACCGCCAAAGCCUAAAUCAAUAUUCAUACCACAAGAAUCUAGUGCUCCUGAAGAUGACAACCAAGGAACAAUAAAGAGAUGUCCUAUUUCAGAAAGCCCAGCACGACCAGCUUCUUAUGUACCUCCUAGACCACCACCUCCCCGGUUACCUCCCCAAAAGUCAAGUGUUUUAGGAAAUGGAGUGGGCUCAAUCCAAGUCAAUGGGGAUCGGGAAAAUGUGUUACUUUCUCUGCAGCUUGAUAAUCGGACUUCCAAGUCAUUGAGUGUGCCUACACGGAAAGAAAAAAAAGAUUUGCCGAAGCCAAUAAGUAAUGGCCUUCCACCUACGCCCAAAGUACAUGCUUUCAUAAGGCGGGUCCAGAGUUCAGUGUCGGUUGAGCUCCUUCACCAAUACCACAUCUCCAGGCUUAAAGGGAUGAUUGGUUGCUCUGACGAUCAAUACCUAAUAUUUGGUGCUGAAGAAGGUAUUUACACCUUAAAUUUGAAUGAACUGCAUGAAACCUCAGUGGAACAGCUUUUCCCAAGAAGAUGUACAUGGAUGUAUGUAAUGAACAAUUGUCUUCUUUCUAUAUCUGGUAAAGCUUCCCAGUUGUAUUCACACAAUCUCCCUGGCUUGUUUGAUUAUGCAAGACAAAUGCAAAAACUGCCUGUUGCCAUUGCAGCCCACAAGCUUCCUGACAGAAUACUUCCCAGGAAGUUUGCUGUUUCUACAAAAAUACCAGAUACAAAAUAUUGUCAAAAGUGCUGUGUUGUGAGAAAUCCAUAUACAAGUCAUAAAUAUCUAUGUGGAGCCCUGCAGUCCAGUAUUAUACUCUUAGAAUGGGUGGAACAAAUGCAGAAAUUCAUGUUAAUCAAGCAUAUAGACUUCCCAUUGCCGUGCCCACUCAUGGUUUUGGAAAUGCUGGUGGUACCUGAGCAGGAGUUUCCCUUAGUUUGUGUGAGUGUCAGCAAGGGCACGGACUUUAACCAGAUUGUGAAAUUUGAGACACUGAAUCCCAAUUCCACAUCUUCAUGGUUCACAGAAACAGAUACUCCACAGACAGAUGUUGUUCAUGUCACACAGUUGGAAAGGGAUACCAUUCUUGUAUGCUUAGAUCGUUGUAUAAAGAUAGUGAAUCUUCAAGGAAGGUUAAAAUCCAGUCGGAAAUUAUCUUCCGAACUUACUUUUGAUUUCCAGAUCGAAUCCAUAGUUUGCUUGCAGGAUAGUGUGCUUGCAUUUUGGAAGCAUGGCAUGCAAGGUAGAAGCUUCAGAUCUAAUGAGGUAACGCAGGAAAUUUCAGAUAACACUCGGAUAUUCCGUCUGCUUGGAUCUGACAGGGUCGUUGUCUUGGAAAGCAGACCAACCGACAACCCCACAGCCAAUAGCAACCUGUAUAUUCUAGCGGGACAUGAGAACAGCUACUGAAUACCACAAUACGAAGGAAUCUAUUGUAAUAAACGUGAUUUCUCAAGGAAGUGG